AUGCCUAUCCCCCCGGGCCAUUUGGGCAAUUUGACGCCUGAACAAGAGGUGAAAUUACGCGAAUUGUGGGCAGCCACGUUCAAUGUCUUUGGAGUGAAAGACCCCCACGACACGAGCGGCACCGAAACACCACAGACCGAAGACGCACAGUCGGUAUCUGAGGUGGACUCUAAAGAUAAGAAGAAGGGCAAGAAGCGGUUUGGGGUAUUCAAAAGACACGACAAGGACUCGAGCAAUGGCACUGUCACGCCCACGAAGGAUCCUAGUCAGCAUGCGGAUGCCGACGACAAGUAUGGCCAAGUGAAGGACUUCCAUCAAAUACUCGCAACGCAGGACCCCGAAUCUCUGCGCGCGGCCUUUUGGAGCAUGGUCAAAGCAGAUCACCCGGACAGUCUGCUGUUACGUUUCCUCAGAGCGCGCAAAUGGGACGUUGACAAGGCAUUGGUAAUGUUAGUCUCCACAAUGAAAUGGCGGAGUCACGAGCAACAUGUCGACGAUGAUAUCAUCUAUCGGGGAGAGGGAGGCGCUCUGGAAGACAGCAAAUCCAACGACCCUGCGGUUAGAAAAGAGGGCGAAGAUUUCCUCACACAGUUGCGGCUAGGGAAAAGCUUUCUGCACGGCACUGACAAAGAAGGGCGACCGCUGUGCCAUGUCCGGGUAAGACUACAUCGCGGAGGAGAACAGAGUGAACGAAGUCUAGAACGGUAUACUGUUUACGUGAUUGAAACGGCGAGAUUGACAUUAAAACCUCCCGUGGAGACAGCUUGUAUCAUAUUCGACAUGACCAAUUUCACCAUGGCCAACAUGGAUUACAGCCCAGUCAAGUUUAUGAUCAAGGUGUUCGAGGCCAACUAUCCAGAGUCACUGGGAGCGGUACUCGUCCACAAAGCGCCUUGGAUCUUUCAAGGGAUAUGGAAAAUCAUUCGCGGUUGGCUCGACCCUGUAGUGGCUGGAAAGGUCCAUUUCACGUCCAAUGUGGAUGACCUGGAGAAGUUCAUUGAUAGGUCACACAUCGUCAAAGAAUUGGAUGGCAAUGACGACUGGGAAUAUACCUAUGUCGAACCACGUGCAGGCGAAAAUGAUCCCAUGAAAGAUCACGAAGCACGAACCGCCCUCGAAGCACAAAGACACGUCGACGUUCGCCAUUAUCAGCACAAGACAUUUGAAUGGAUCGCCAAAGGUACCGGGCCUGAAGCCGAUCAGAUCAAGGCGGCAAGGAAUGCCCUCGCAGGAAAGCUGUACGACAAUUACUGGAAGUUGGACAAGCACAUUCGGGCCCGGACGUUCUAUGAUCGGAUAGGAAUGAUCUCGCCAGAUGGACAGGUCAACUUCUAUCCACCUCCGCCGGGUAAGGGAGGAAAUGCCAGUCUUCCACCGUCCGAUAUACCCGACGAUGCGAGUGCGGAUGACGUGGACUGA